GUGAGGCAGCAAACAAGCGGAGACAAGUAGCGGCCAAGGAAAAAGGCCAGCUGGGACCCACGUCUAAUCGGGAAGCAACAACAACUCGCGGCCAGGGAGGUAGGGCGCUUGCUGCCGCGGAUGGGGCGGGCCCAACCCGAGACAGCGGAAGGGACCGCCCAGUGAGCGGAAGUGACGUGACGCCGGCUCUCAGCUCUGAAGGGAGGUGUAGCCGGUUUGUGGAGGGAGGAGGUAGUGGCGGAAGAGGUUCAGCGGCUGAUGGCGGAUCAAGAUCGCAAGCUUGUCUAAUGCUGUUUCUGGGUCCGAGAACCCCAGCACUGGAUUCACAAUGACAUCCUUUCAAGAAGUCCCAUUGCAGACUUCCAACUUUGCCCAUGUCAUCUUUCAAAAUGUGGCCAAGAGUUAUCUUCCUAAUGCACACCUGGAAUGUCAUUACACUUUAACUCCAUAUAUACAUCCACAUCCAAAAGACUGGGUUGGUAUAUUCAAGGUUGGGUGGAGUACUGCUCGUGAUUAUUACACAUUUUUAUGGUCCCCUUUGCCUGAACAUUAUGUAGAAGGAUCAACAGUCAAUUGUGUACUAGCAUUUCAAGGAUAUUACCUUCCAAAUGACGAUGGAGAAUUUUAUCAGUUCUGUUAUGUUACCCAUAAGGGUGAAAUUCGUGGAGCAAGUACACCUUUCCAGUUUCGAGCUGCUUCUCCAGUUGAAGAGUUGCUUACUAUGGAAGAUGAAGGAAAUUCUGACAUGUUGGUGGUGACCACAAAAGCUGGUCUUCUUGAGUUGAAAAUUGAGAAAACCAUGAAAGAAAAAGAAGAACUGUUAAAGUUAACUGCUAUUCUGGAAAAAGAAACAGCACAGCUUCGAGAACAAGUUGGAAGAAUGGAAGGAGAACUUAACAAUGAGAAAGAAAGAUGUGACCGACUGCAAGCAGAGCAAAAGGCUCUUACUGAAGUAUCACAGACCUUAAAAAUGGAAAAUGAAGAGGUUAAGAAGAGAUACAGUGAUGCUACAUCCAAAGCUCUCCAGCUUGAGGCAGAUAUUGUAUCAGUGACACAUAAAGCAAUUGAAAAAGAAACUGAGUUAGACAGUUUAAAAGACAAACUCAGGAAGGCACAACAUGAAAGAGAACAACUUGAAUGUCAGUUGAAGACAGAGAAGGAUGAGAAGGAACUUUAUAAGGUACAUUUGAAGAAUACAGAAAUAGAAAACACCAAGCUUAUGUCAGAAGUCCAGACUUUAAAGAAUUUAGAUGGGAACAAAGAAAGCAUGAUUACUCACUUCAAAGAAGAGAUUGGCAGACUGCAGUUUUGUUUGGCUGAAAAGGAAAAUCUGCAAAGGACUUUUAUGCAUACAAACUCAAGUAAAGAAGAUACAUUUUUUUUAAAGGAGCAACUUCGUAAAGCAGAGGAACAGGUUCAGGCAACUCGGCAAAAAGUUGUCUUUUUGACUAAAGAACUAAGUGAUGCUGUAAAUGUGCGAGACAGAACAAUGGCAGAUCUACAUACUGCACGCUUGGAAAAUGAGAAAGUGAAAAAGCAGUUAGCCGAUGCAGUGGCAGAACUUAAACUAAAUGCUAUGAAAAAAGAUCAGGAAAAGACUGAUACUCUGGAACACGAACUGAGAAGAGAAGUUGAAGAUCUGAAACUUCGUCUUCAGAUGGCUGCGGAUCAUUACAAAGAAAAAUUUAAGGAAUGCCAGAGGCUUCAAAAACAAAUAAAUAAACUUUCAGACCAAUCAGCCAAUAAUAGUAGUAUCUUCACAAAGAAAAUUGUGCAUCAGCAGAAAGUGAAUGAUGCUUCAAUAAACACAGACCCAGCCACUUCUGCCUCUGCUAUGGAUGUAAAGCUGUCACCUUCUUCUACAGCAGAGACACAGUUUGAUGUGAUAACAAAGGGGCACGUCUGUGAAAUGACCAAAGAAAUUGCUGACAAAACAGAAAAGUAUAAUAAAUGUAAACAACUUUUGCAGGAUGAGAAAGCAAAAUGCAAUAAAUAUGCUGAUGAACUUGCAAAAAUGGAGCUGAAAUGGAAAGAACAAGUGAAAAUUGCUGAGGAUGUAAAACUUGAACUAGCUGAAGUGGAGGACAGUUAUAAACUUCAGUUGGCAGAGAAAGACAAGGAAAUAAAUGGUCUGUCUUCACAUUUGGAAAACCUUUCCAGGGAGAAGGAACUAAAAAGGACUGUAGAAAAUGAAGCAGAAAGGAAAAUGGAAGGUCAGACUUCCCAGAGUCCUCAGCAGGUCUCACAGGGUCUCAACACAUGCUCAGAGCAAAAUGGUCAUAUUCCUGCACUGCCAAAUGCACAGCCAGUUCUGCAAUAUGGUAAUCCUUAUGCAACACAGGAAACAAGAGAUGGAGCAGAUGGUGCUUUUUACCCAGAUGAAAUCCAAAGGCCACCUGUGAGAGUCCCCUCUUGGGGACUGGAAGAUAAUGUUGUCUGCAGCCAGCCUGCUCGAAACCUUAGUCGGCCUGAUGGUUUAGAAGACCCUGAGGAUAGCAAAGAAGAUGAGAAUAUGCCCACUGCUCCUGAUCCUCAUCCUCCAAGUCAGCAUUUACGUGGGCAUGGGACAGGCUUUUGCUUUGAUUCCAGCUUUGAUGUUCACAAGAAGUGUCCCCUCUGUGAAUUAAUGUUCCCUCCCAACUAUGAUCAGAGCAAAUUUGAAGAACAUGUUGAAAGUCACUGGAAGGUGUGCCCGAUGUGCAGCGAGCAGUUCCCUCCUGACUAUGACCAGCUGGGGUUCGAAAGGCAUGUUCAGACCCAUUUUGAUCAGAAUGUUCUAAAUUUUGACUAGUUACUUUUUGAGUUAAUAUAGUUUAGCAGUUAAAAAUAAUAUCACUUCAAACAGACCACUAAAGAGACCACAGCGUGUCACUUUCAUGCACCCUCUACUGUACUUUUCUGACCAAGAGCUACUUUUGAGUUUGGUGUUAACUAGAGUCAGGGUCAGUCUUUGGCCUAUCAAUAAAUAUAAUUUUAACCUGUGUUAACCUUACCUGCUUUAAGAAAAGUUCUUGUGUGUUUAUAUCUUUAUUUAUUCCCAAGUUUGCAAAGUUGUAUGAAUAAAGGAUACAGGGAUUACUUUAAUUAGUGCUCUAAAAAAUAUGUAUGUGUUAGUGUGCUGGAUUAUUUAGCAUAAUAUUUACAAGUUUCUGUUUACCUUGUUGAUUGAGCAUGACUACUAAAUAUUAUGUAAUAAAAAGCAUUUAUCGUUAAUAGUCGUGUGAAGUAAUUCUUUGAAUACAGAAAGUUCCAUAAUGUAGCCCAUGAAAUGAUAGUUUAAUCUUUAGAAAUGGAACUGCAUAUAGAAUGAAAUCACAUACUUGCAAAUAUCUUUUUUAUAUGUAAAAUGUUGAUUUAAUAGAAGACAUAUUUUGUUAAUUUUAAGGCAGAAAACUUAGAAUAACCUAAAUGAUUAUUUUUAAGCCAUCUUGAAGUUAUAUUUAUACCUAAUGGGAAAAUGGAACAAGAUAUGUUCAGUACAAUUGUUUUCAUAUUAAAUGAUUUCAUAAGUGGUUGUGGCAUUAAAUCACAGAAUAUGUAUCAUAUCUUUUUCACAUUUUCCUGAUGAGUAUGUAAAUUUGAAAUAUUUUCAGUAAGUCCUUAAAAAUGUGAUGCACAAACCCAAAUCAAGUAAUGUUUUGGUUAUGUCUCUGCUGUAUAGUACUCUCAUUAACAUUAAAGAGUUCUGUAAUUUCA